ACACCUGUCGUGAGGCAACUGUCAAAAUCACCACUCAAAGUUCAAACCACAGUGCUGCAUACAUUAGUGGUAAAGCAGUAGAUGGUUGUAAAAAACAAACCUUCGACAGCGACAAUUGUUGUUCACAUACAUAUCCAUUUAUAAAGGAGGCAUGGUGGCAAGUAGAUCUAGAUGGACUGAUCGUUAUGGAAUACGUCAAAAUAUACUACAGAGAUCAAGUGUAUCAGCAACGACAACGAUUUGGUGGUUAUCAAGUAUACCAGUCGAACACGUCGGAUUGGCGGAACGGUCACCUUUGUCAUAUAGACACAACAUCAACGUCGGCCGCGUUGUCAUUGACUCCUGAGAUCAAUUGUACAGGUAGCGCCCAGUACUUGACAAUAUACAGCGACAGACGGUCAGGAGGUCUAUGGUGGUACUCUGAAAACGCUAUUCUGGAGCUUUGUGAGGUAGAAGUCUACGGUUGUCCGCUUGGGAAAUAUGGUGAUGGUAAUUGUGAUUCAAAUUGUGGUGUAGGCUGUGCCAAUAGCCUGUGUGAUCCAGUGACCGGAAGAUGUGCAUACUGUGCAGUUGGAUACUAUAGGCCUGGAUCUUUAUGUGUAGAAUGCCCCCCUAAUUGUUAUGAUAGCAUAUGUAAUGCAGAAUCCGGUGUUUGUUCUGCGUGUACUCCCGGGUAUUAUGGCAACCAUUGUAAUCAGACUUGUCUGUUCAACUGUAAAGACAACCGAUGUAUGCAAAGCAAUGGAGAGUGUGAAGACUGUGAGGAUGGAUUCUUCGGAUCGUCCUGUGAUAACUGCUCUGUCGGUUGUCCCAAUCGUGUUUGUGACAAAAUAUCCGGAAAUUGUAGUCCAUGCAGACCUGGAUAUUUUGGUGUUACCUGUAACACAAGCUGCCCGUCCAAUUGUAAAGGCGAUGUAUGUAAUCAGACCAGUGGGAUAUGUACAGAAUGUGCACCCGAUUUUUAUGGCAUUUACUGUCAGCAGAUUUGUCCGGCAAACUGCCGAGACUCGCUAUGUGCCAGAGGUAGCGGGGAUUGUUCAGCAUGUGAGCCUGGUUUCUUUGGACUAAAUUGUAAUAUGACAUGUUCUGGUCAUUGUGAAUGCCAACAGAACAACGGAACGUGCAUAGCUUGUACGGGUGGAUAUUUUGGACUUAACUGUGAAGAGAAAUGUGGGCAGUGCAGUGCUGAGUCAUGCAGUAGGUCUUAUGGGUUAUGCUUCUGUAGCGACAAGACACACGGAACAUGCGGGUGUAAACAUGGCUGGGAAGGAGAGAAGUGCACUACACAGAAGGUAAUGAAAGUCUCAUACGACCAAACAGGAACGUACGCUGGUGCUGGUGUUGGAGUAGUGAUUGUUCUUGUUCUUGUUGUUAUAGCAACUGUCAUCAUCCUUAGAAGGAAACGAUUUUCAAAACACAAAAAAGAAAAUCAACGUGAAUACAGAGGCAAGACGUUUACAAAUGUAGAGUCUUUACCAAUCCCGUUUGAAACGUCAGACACGCAAACAAGUAGUGGAGGUAAUUGUGUAGAUAUAAGUUACCACGUAUUAAUGUCAUAAUCAAGUAAGGUGUUAUCUGCAUCACUGUUGUUUUAUGUAAAUGUC